GCCUGCUGCAGCUGGCGGUCACGCAACAACCGUAAAACUUUUGUUCGAACUCUACUAGAUGCCCUAAUGCGUCUUCCAUUAUCGGCAUUUGGCUGUCCAAUGACGGUUACAAUUCCAAUUGAAUGAGUAAACAUAACGCAAAUUACAAUUAUUAAUAGAACAAUAGGUGAAAUAGGUUCAGUUAUCGCUGUUUUUAUUGCUUUCGUUCGUUUCUUUCAAUCUUUUCAGACAACCAACAAUUCUGAAGAAAAUAAUUUUAAGUUAUCGCGAUUUAAAAUAAGUGAAUUAUAAACAUUUUUUUUGGCAGCCACUUAAGUGUGUUCAGUUCGUCGUCCGUCUACACUUCCAUUAAAGUGUAUUCGAAAAAAUGAAAGGACUUAAAAUCAUCGUGUUCGUUUUGACGAUAUUCACCGCGUCUAUUGUUGCCGAUAGAAUUCUGCACACUGAAUUCAAUCCAGGAUGUCAGAUGGAGGAUCAUUGUUCUAAAUUUUCAAAACUUACAUAUAUACGCGCUGAUGGUGAUAAUGAUACUAUUCAUUUUGUACUGGAUGCCACACUCAAACCAUCGCUGGUCGUUAUUAUAACAAAGAAAGAUGCUGCUAUUAAAGUGAACUAUACUUCAGAUCCGAAUAACAGUAUCAAUUUUACACGGUCUCCAUUAUAUACGUUUGCAUCAGUCUUCAAUAAUUUGUAUGAGUUCAAUGAUGUCAAUGAUACAGCAAAUAUGAAAAAUGCCGAUAAUUUCUUAAAAAUGGAUUUCAAAAAAUUUAAUUGGAAUACAUCUCAAUCAUUAAAAAAUAAUAAUGAAUCAGUUGAGAUUAUUCUAUCUGCUAAUUCAUAUAGAGCGCCAGGCAUUAACAAAAGUGGUAUUGUAUCUAUUACGUUAAAAGUGUGUGGAAAAAAAGAUACUGGAUCUCUAUUACCACAUCUUGUUCAUACUCCUGAUUCUGGAGAACUAACACUUACACUUAAUAAUUUGAAUACAAAUUUUACAAAAUCACGCUUUGCAGUUGAAUUACUUACUAGUAGCUCUUUUCCAUUCAAUAAGUCUGAAGAAUUGUCAAGCAAUACAUUUUCAGAUGAUAAACUAUCUGGUGGUACAUUUUUAAACUAUUUGUUGAAUGCAAAAGGAAAUGUGGAAGGAGGUGGUUUUUUAAGUUGGAAACCAGUAGUAUAUAAAGCAGAAAAUACUCAUGCCUUAAAUUCUUCUUCUACAACUCAGUAUGAUGUUCAAGAUCAUCCUUUUGAAAACGACUGGAUCAACACACCUUUAUAUAAAAUGUAUGGGAAUUCAUUAUUUGGUAACAAUUCUCAGUUACUUUUGAAGUCAAUUAAUGUGUCUUUUGGACAGCCCAAUGAUGAAUUUUACAUUAAAUCUAAUUAUACUUAUUGGACUUUUUUAGUAGGAAUAGGUACACCUCCCCAAACAAUUUUGGGUUUUCUUGAGUUGUCAAUCAUUGCAAGUCUUCUAUUAAUGUUGAGUAUAACUAUGAUUCUUAUAUUUUGUAUUUUUAUGCGUUGGAUGUCUAGUAAACGUAACUCUAUAAUUUAUGGUCAAUAACUCGUGACAAGUACCUACCUAUUAUAUUUAACACAUCUUAUUAAUUUAGCAAAACAUAUGCUCAGAUUAAAAUCUCUUAAAUUAUAAUUUUAUUUUAUUGUUCUGAAGUUUUGAGCUAGUCCUGUAUAUUUUAAGAUUUUUAACAAAUAUGUGAUUAUUAUGCUACAAAUCAUUCCAAAUUUAAUUUUUAGUUAUUAGUAAUAUGACAAUCAUUAUUUUUCAAUAUGUACAUAGUUAAACAUUUCAUAGUGUAAUUAUUUGUAAAUUA